AUGGAACUGUUAUACUCCAUGAGGCGUAAGCCUCUGAAAUGCGAACCUCCUCAUUUUGAAAGCCCUUCAGACUAUGAUGUCAUCCGUCCAAUCUGCACUAUAUCCAAUGCAAACAUCAUUGCAUUCUCAUCACCUACAGAACUGACAGACUCGGAAGGUGACACUUGGGGUGGACAUGUUUACGUGUGCGAUUUAGAUACUCCAUGGGACAGUCAUAAAGUUACCAGUACUUCUUAUCCAGUGUCUGCACUAGAAUGGGACCUGGAAGGAAAACUGUUACUUGUGGCUACAACAGUGGGUAGUGUGUCAGUUUUUACUCAGAAGGACUACCUGCUUAACGAGUGGUCAUGCCUGUACACAGCCAAUUUCUCUGGAGAACACAUAAUACGAUCCAUAUUUUUCCACAACGGCCGGCGCGUGGUGGCGGUUGAUAAGAAACCAGAUGCUCCCAUCACGGAGAGAAUACAGUUGCUGAGGUCCACUCCCACAUUGAAAGGAUUUGGGGGUUCGCCUCUGGAAGGGGCUCUCAUAAUAACAGCAACAGGUCUCAUCGGAGCCCUGACUCCACCCUCGAGCACGAGCUCAGACAUCAACCAAGCUCAAGUCUCCACGGACUGUCUGAGGCCGACCAGGGACCAUAUUACAACGGCCAGCAUCGCACAUAAGAACGGUAGUUUAAUAAUAGCGGCGGUGUCUCGGUCGGGCGGGUCUCGUUGCUGCGUGGUGUGCGCGCUGUGCUCCGUGGCGACGGCCGCGCCUUCUCCACAGAUCAAGAUAUCGCCGCUGCCCACCAUUUACCUGCCCCACCAAUACGUUGCGUCAUCAGUAUCGAUAAGCUGGUGGCACCGCGAAGACCCAGACUCCCUGCUGGUGGCGGGCAGUACGCUGUCGCUGUGGAAAUGCACGGAGCGAUCACACCAAGUUCACAAGCUUUUCUCCAAAGGGCCCCUUCAGGGUAGUACUACCCCUGGUGGAGGUCUGCAGUCUGGAGCGGAUUGUUUCAAUACAUUGGUGUGGCAGAGCGUGUCGGCGUGGGCGGCGGAGGCGGGGCGCGUGUGCUGCGCGCGCGUGGCGGUGGGGGCGGGGGCGGGGGGGGGCGCGACGCACGCCGUGCUCGCCGCGCCGCGCGCGCUGCACCUCGUGGCGAGGGACAGCGCGCACAUCUUAUGUAGUCGGCCAGUUAUCACAAGCGGCGGUGUGGGUUCGAGCUUGGCUGAAGUGACCACCACACCGCCUAAAAAGCCCAAAUAUGGUCCUGGAGUAACGAGCGGUGGCGGCGGGGCCGUGGUGUCGUGCGUGGAGAUGUCGCAGCUGGGCGGGGUGGUGGUCGCCAUAGACACGUACGCGCAGCUGCACGUGUAUAAACUGCCGCAACCCUGGGCGGACAUACCGACUCCGUUAGCGGUCCAACAGGCGACGAGCUUGCUCGAGUACGCAAUGGUCUCCGGCGUCGACUGUCUCGACGUACUCCUCACACUCAAACACAGCGUCGGCGAGCUGGUCUACGAGAGUUACGAGGUGUGGGCGGACAGCGCGGCCGUGGCGCUGCUGCGGCGCCUGGCGAGCGCGGCGCGCCUGGGGGGCCGCGCCGCCGAGCCGCUGCUGCGCCCGCUGGCUCGCCUCGCCGCCUCCGCCGCGCCCAAGCCGGACCUCAUCGAGGAGUGCGCGGCGCUGACGGCGCAGUGGACGGGCGCGCGCGUGUGGGAGGCGCUGCCCCGCUGCAGCGUGGCGGCGCCGCACGACAGACUCUGGCCGCUUUACUUGGAAUAUGGUGUCGAGCCUGAAGCUCUGAGGUUCACCCCGGAGCCACCUCCAUACGCGCAAUGUGAGACGACACCCUCCAUCACUAUGGACUCUAUACGGUACAUGUACCUGGGCGGGGGCUCGCGGCCGGCGCGCUGGCGCCAGUGCGCGCGCUGCGGGGCCCGCGCGCAGCCCGCGGCGCAGCCCGCGCGACACCCGCUGCAGAGGGCCUGCGACGCGCGCUUCCUGCCCGCCUGCAGAGAUAAGAGACUGAUGUCAAAACAAGGCCUCGUUGAUAGCAACAUUAUCAAUGAUGGUAACUUUUCCAGUACUGCAACGGUGUUGUCUGCAGAGUAA